AUGUCCUCACCACUCUCGGAAGAUUCAUAUGCCCACGGAGAUGUGGACACUGACGAUGGUAUUUUGAAUUACUGUUUAACCGUUUUUAACUAUCCAGUCGAUAAAGACAACUUGGAGACAUACGAUGAGGUUGCGGUAGAGGAAAACACAUCUUGUGAACAGGAAGUUGAGGAUCUUCACCAAUCAACAGAGACGACAGUGUCCGAAACCGGUGCACUGCCCUUAUCUGAUUCAGUUGCAACCGAGCGCAGUGAUAGCUGCAAUAAUGAUGAACACUGUGCGCAACAGGAUCUCCAAUCUUUGAAUCACGUUGAAGAGCCAGAUGACAUCAACACUGUGCCUCGCUCCGACGGAGGCGGAGAUGCCAAUGCAAAUAACCAAGAAGAAAACACGCACAUAACGGACGAAUUUGAUCGAAGUGCUAUACAUCAAGACAUGUCAGAUGAUGUUGAUCCAUUUGAGGAACGAUGCGAACCUGUGGAAACUACCGGACAACAAAAAGUAGCCAUAUCUCCUAUUGAGUGGGAUCGAAUUUCUGAUGACGAAAGUGAAAACCGAGAUGAAUUGCACGUAGAUGCUCCAAGCGACGAGUUUUACAGGGAGGAAGAAGACCAAAAGCAAUCUCGGAGCGUUGCUGCCUCUUCGCAUUCACCUGAAAAAGUGGUAGAGACAGAUGUUAAGUCACCGCUACCUAUUCCUAAGGGGAUAUUCAAGCGCGAGCUACCGUUUUCAAAAACCGGUCACCUUACAAAUCCUUGGAAUGACAAUAAGCCUGUAAAGAUAGGCAGAGACGGACAGGAAAUCGAAGGUUCCGUUGGAGAGGCAUUGUGUCGUCUUUUCUUUGACGAUUCCUUGGAAGAUUCCAGUACGAAACAACAACCUCGCACAACGACCGAAGAAUCUCGUCGCAACCCAUUCGAGCGAUUGGGACGACCGAUUUCUCGCCUUGGUCAAAACGGGAACGUCACUGGCAGUGGUGGUUCACGACAAUCUAGUUCCGUCGGCCUCCUUGGUGAUGCUUCAGGAACUGGACGUUAUUCGGGAGGCGAGAGGUGUAACGUGCUUGGAUUUACCGGCCUAUCCACACUGCCUUCUGGCGGAGCUCCACCACCACUGAUGCAAGUCAACGCCGCUGCGGCCGCAAUGGCAGCUGCAGCGGCUAUGGCAGCUAUUAAAUCGUCAGGUGCCUCGAACCUUGGUAAUCUUGGACGAACCGGAUCUUCAGCUUUAACUUCAACUAUCAAUAACACCUUACGAUUGCCUUCUCAACCGGCAAUCCCAGGUCUGCUUUCACAUCUUUCCAUGUCAAACAAUGCAUUCACACGCCUAACCUCUGGGGGUUCCGGGAUUCAAACGGGAGGGAUCUUACCUCUUCUGCAGCAACAGCCUGUUCGUCUGUCCGGUCCUACAUCCGGUACUCCCAUGAGUGCUACUCUGUCACAAGGGUUAGAGCAAAGCCGGACGCUGCCGCACAGCCUGUUGGGUGGCUCUUCGCGUUCCGGACUUGCCACGGCACAUGGACUCCCUGGACUUGAUGCACCCGUUGACAAAAGAAGCGGUCGUCGAAGCCGUUCACGUUCCAGUACUGGAAGCAGUCCCAAUAGUUACGCACGCAUUCGCAACUUGAGACAUCGACGGGCUGCAGAUAAUUUUGGUCGAGAUGAUCUGCCUUCACCAACUGCAGAUCCCCGUCGUUAUCAUUCACCGAGGUUAGGCGUUGUUGGAAGGACAGAUCCACCAUCCCAGUUUCCCACUGUUAAAUUUGAUGAACUUCGCCGGUAUUCCUGCCGAUUUCUAGUUUCCGUGCGAUGA